UAAAAUGACGGCUUUAGGAUCCAGAGUAGCUGUUACCAUUUCCAGCUUAUAUUUGAUCCUCCCAACAUGUAUACAAGCAGAGUCCUAUCGAAAUUAUACAUUUGGAAAAGAUUGCUUUGUCAGCACGAAGGAGUUAUCGAAAGAUAAACCGAUGACAGUAUAUUACAGAGGUAGCAAGAAUGUAGGGGUUUUUUGCAAUGGCAUGGCAUUUGAAUGCAAUGAAAAUUCGGAUUCCUGUAACGUGUGUGUUACGAUAAAGGAAUUUAACGAUCCAGAUUGUGUAAUAAUACUCCAGUUUAAAGAAUCCUGGACAGAGGCUACAGAACAUACCAUUACGUGCAGAGAAAAUAAUAAGAAGAAAUAUUGUCGAGAUUCUUCAGUCUACAUCCUCCUUAACUUAAUAAGCACAAAGUCGCCAUCCAGAGCAUCUUUUGACCUACUGAUAACAUCAGAAGAAGAGGAAACAGAUUGGGCUGUAGUGGGCGGUUUGAUCGGCGGAGUAUUUGGUGGAAUUAUUUUAAUUACUGUGGUCGUCGCAGUCCUACUAUGUAUAGCUUGUAAAAGGCGAAGGUCACCAGGAUAUGUUCACAACCCGGGAAAUUCAGUUCCGAUGACAAAUCAGAGUAACCCUUCCUAUCCCAGCACAGGGUAUCCACAAUAUACAUAUGGAGGCUACCCUACUCAGUCACCUACCGGAAGUUAUCCAACACAACCAACAGCAGAGACACAGUUCGGAGAAACUGCAAAAUUUUAAAACCAAUGAAUGACAUCAAUGAAUUUGAUGAUCGAAGAUUGAUAUGUGAAUGAUUCCUCACUUUAAGAUUUACGUUUUCGUGGAAAUUUAUUUGUCUGAAAUGAAGCAUCUAAUAUUAGUACCAUUACCGUUACAACUUAUAUUAGUUGACUGAAUUUCUUUCAGAUUGAGAUCUUUAACAAAUAUGUCAAUUUCAUGUAAGUUACAUGUUCUUGAGUUUUAUUUGCAAGUUUUAUUGCAAGUUACGCUGUUUGAGUGGUCUGUAUAAAGAUCAAUACGUCUCUUUUUCUAAAACUCUGUAUUGAAUUUUGAAUAAUAUUUUAAACCCCGUGUUUUCGUAAAUUAAAAAAAAAUAAUCGAGGCUAUUCUGCACAAGUGAUGAUGCAGUAAUAAGUUAAAAUGCUAAAAUACAAUUACCUUGAUAAAAGUUGCUUUGAUAUUAUACGCAAAAGUCACCAUUGCCUUGUCAAGUUCAAAUUUAAGUGUAAUCAGAGGGAAAUAAUACUAUUACUUGAUAUUACCAUAGCUCGCUUUAACUAUAAAGCACUAACUGCAGCGUGUUGAUAUCGGUCAGCCCAUGAUUUUAUCGUACAAUUACACUGAGUUCUUAGCUGGUGCAAUAAAGUCAUGCAAGGACCUCCCCGACAUGUUAUAAUUCUAUAAUACAUGUAUUUAACUUGCAGAUUACAGUGUACAUCUCUCAUUGUCCUUUACGUUGUACAGAUACUUGGGCCUACACUUGUACUGUUGUACGUGUAUAUAAAAGUCUAUAGGAGUAAAGACAUUUGAGAAAGAUUUCAUAUUUAAUAUAAGAAAUGUCAAUGAAUAAUCAAAUGUUCACUUUAUGAAUUGAUAUUCGAAUGUGG